CCCGGGGAGGCUGCGCUCGAGCUGCGGCGCCGGCUGCAGCCGCCUGGGCCCCGGGCCCGGCUCCUCCCGCGCCGCCCGGGCGAUGAGAAGCUGCUUCUGCGUGAGACGGAGCCGGGACCCGCCGCCGCCGCAGCCGCCGCCGCCCCAGCGGGGAACAGAUCAAGCCACCAUGCCUGAAGUCAAAGAGCUUUCAGAAGCCUUGCCAGAGACACCAAUGGACCCCAUCACAGGAGUCGGGGUGGUGGCUUCCCGGAACCGAGCCCCGACAGGCUAUGAUGUGGUUGCUCAGACAGCAGAUGGUGUGGAUGCUGACCUCUGGAAGGACGGCUUAUUCAAGUCCAAGGUUACCAGAUACCUGUGUUUCACAAGAUCAUUUUCUAAAGAAAAUAGUCACUUGGGGAAUGUGCUGGUGGACAUGAAGCUUAUCGACGUCAAGGAUACCUUGCCCGUGGGCUUCAUCCCCAUUCAGGAGACGGUGGACACACAGGAGGUGGUCUUUAGGAAGAAGAGGCUAUGCAUUAAGUUUAUUCCCCGGGAUUCAACCGAAGCCGCCAUUUGUGACAUUCGCAUCAUGGGCCGGACCAAGCAGGCACCUCCCCAGUACACGUUUAUUGGGGAACUGAACAGCAUGGGCAUCUGGUAUCGCAUGGGCAGAGUGCCAAGAAACCACGACUCGUCUCAGCCCACCACGCCCUCCCAGUCAUCAGCCGCUUCCACCCCAGCCCCAAACCUUCCCAGGCACAUCUCCCUAACACUACCGGCUACCUUCCGAGGCAGGAACAACACCAGCACAGACUAUGAGUACCAGCUCUCCAAUCUGUAUGCCAUAUCAGCAAUGGAUGGUGUGCCUUUUAUGAUUUCAGAGAAGUUUUCCUGCGUUCCAGAAAGUAUGCAACCCUUUGAUCUCUUGGGAAUCACCAUCAAGUCUCUGGCGGAGAUUGAAAAGGAGUACGAGUACAGCUUCCGCACCGAGCAGAGCGCAGCAGCCCGGCUCCCACCCAGCCCUACCCGGUGCCAGCAGAUCCCCCAGUCCUGAGGAGCCCACAGCCUCCUGGGAGAGAAGACAUCUCCUACCCGAUGCCCAGACUACUGAUGGGGUGGCUGGGGCGAGCGUCACUUCCUCCCUCACCUGCCCAUUCUGCUUGCCCUGCUCACUGACCAAGAGACUCUGGGCAGCUGCUUGGUCAUAUACGGUCAUCAGCUCGCCUGACGAGACUUCCCUGCCUCCCCGGGAACAUUGUUUAUAAUUGACUAAUGUAUGUGCUGUUAGUGACCAGAGGCUCCUGUGUGAUGACCACUUACCCCACCAAGAAAGAAAACUCCUCCCUUACCUGGAGUCACCCAUGAGGGCCUGGGCACAUACCCCAGACACCCAGUGACACCCACUGGCUCCCCUUCAACUGACCAUCACCUACCACAGAAAUCCCACAAAGCCACUAGCUCCCUCCUGGGAGACUCCAGGGUUGACUGCUUCCCUUAGGACCCUGCAAGAUGCACUGAUGGCCUCUGACCCAGUCACCUGGGAACAAGCAAUGCUGGUUAGCAGUUCCAGUGGCCCAUGCGUUUCAUGACAGCACUGAGAAAGCAGGCCUAAGAUGCACUGGAGACAACCGUGGACUCUUACCCCACUCCACACACUGGACGUCCAGAGAGCACAGACGGGACCCUGCUUUCUAUGGAGGUGACUGGGUACCUACCUGAAUGGAAACUUGGCUGCUAGGGUACUGUGCCCAGCCACAGGUGCCAAUCCCCACAAAGGGCUCAUCUGUGGAGCCUCCACAUGCCGACAACAGCUCCAUAUGCCUCUGCCUGGUGCCCUGACCUGGUGGCAACUCACACAGAGCAUGCUCUGAGAAGAAUGGUACAAAGGCACCAACUCCUCACAGCCAGGCCCACCCCACUGUCUAGAAGGCACCUUCCACCGGGAGCUGCUAUUUUGAAAAGUUCUUCUGCCCCAGGCCUAAGAAUUUGGGCCAGGACAUUUCACAGGUGUCAACCCAAGGUGCCAAGUUGAACCCCACAUGUGUUGCCAUGAAAACAGAGGUCACCGCGGUCCCAGCUCCCAGCCUCACCGUGAUGCACUGCUUUGCCACAGUUGGCUUUUAGGUCCCCAGAGCAUCUGUGGAUGUGAAGAUCUGCACAGUGGUCGGCGGCCAUGACAAACCUCUCCAGUUACAGCUGUAGAGACAACCACGGGCAGCAGGGCACCUGCGGGGCAAAAGGGUCAGGAACAAGAACAAGCCAACAAGAUGGCAUGAGCCGGGGCGAGGCCAAAAAUACCUCACCAACCUACAUCAGCCCUCCUCUGUGCCAGACCCUCAGGCCCUUUGUCAACUCCCUUUCCUUCCCAGUCAGCCAGCCUCUCUGCUUGAUGGUACUUCAUUUCUGUGUGUCAGGAAGGGUCACCUUGCCUCCUCCCCUCAGAUGUGAGCACACCCUAUGGGGAACCCAUCAACACCUUGCCUCUGAGCCCCACAUCCUCCUGGCAGCACAGGUCAUGGAAAGGUGAUGCCCCAGAGGCCUAUGGAGUCAACAUAGGCGUCUCUAGCAAAACCUAGUGUCACACUGGUGCUCAAAGGAGCUAAUGAACUGACCCCAGAUGGCUCCACAACCUGGGGAUCCCAAGGACCUGUGGUGGUGGCGGUGGCAGCAGCUGCUGCUGCUGCUGCUGCUGCUGCUGCUGCUGCUGCUGCUGCUGCUGCUGCUGCUGCUGGUGGUGGUGGUGGUGCAACAUCAAGUGGCUUGUGUGACCUGAGGCCCAACAGAGGGAGCAACCAUCCAUCGUCUGAGUUAACUAGGAAGGUCGGGCACAACGCUCUGGACUUUAUUUAAGUUUGUACACUGUCUGACCACCUCUUCCAUUCCCCAGUUAUGAAGUCACCUCUGCCAUGUGAUGCAGAUGGCCCUCCUCUUCUCUCAGAGGAGAGUGUGGCGUCUCUGCAGCUCUUGCAGGUCCUAGAAGUUCAAAACUGAAGACUGUGAACCCUUGUUAGUGAUCCAGACAGCCAAGUAAGGCGGCUCCUGGAGAAAGGAGAACUCUGCAGCCCACGCGUGCACUCCCACAGGACUCGGCCACUGGGAGGAAGGCAGAGCACAUGCUCUGAGCUGGAGCCCUCCCGAUGUUGAGACUUAGCUGAAGAACCCUGACUGAGAAUGUUGUAGCACCAACAGCUUCCGGCUUUUGAAGUGUUGAGGAUGACUUGAUGUCUGUGGUAGGUUCUAGGUUGCACCCAACCCCUGGUUUCUUGUCUUCUGGUGAUGGUAAUGGUCGUGUGUGCAUACCAUGUCCACCUUGUGUGGACCCGGCAGAUCCAGACCUGGGAGGUAGGGCUGUGGCUCACAGCAGCACUGAGUGGCCUUCGGGUACCGUGUGACAGGCGCACUGUCAGAUGAGCACAAGGAUUCCCUGGGAGACAUGAGGAGCCAUAGCCUCUCCCGUGUGUCUCCCCUCCCUACCAGCAUGUCCCACAACUGCUACUGUCCCCCGCCAAGCACACGCAUCUCUCUUGAAAUGGCUGGCCAGAGCACAGGUCCCUCUCCCCACCAUCCCCACACUGAAAAGUUGGUUUUUUCCUAAAGGCCUUAGAAAUGGCACAUAGGUGACAAGCGGGGGUGGGGAGGGGGGAUCCUGGCUCGCUUGCAAAUUUAUCAUAAGACCAAAUCUAAGAAUUUAUGUCAGCCCUGAUUCUGCCAUGUGGGGAGGUGAGAGGCCACUCUCCUUGGGGGAAACAGAUGAAAGCCAUGACUUGACUUCCUGGUGGUCAGCAGCAUGUGGCCCCCUGUGACCAAGGUCAUGCUGCAGCCCCUCUGUCAGAAGGACAUCCAGCAAGGAGACUGAGGUACUAAGCACACACACCAUCCCUUCCACUGGGCUUGGCAGUCUUAAGCACAUUUCCUGUCAUCCCCCACACAAGCCAACAGUGGGUGCUCUUUGCCCUGUCACAUGAAAAGCCUGAGGCAUGUGUCUAAGCUUGCCAGUGGCACAGACAGAAUCUGACCCCAAAGCCCCUGGGCCAACCACCUGGCUUUUGUGUCCAUCCCUGUAGGCUUUCUUUUGCUGUGGAGAUGUCAUCACACCAUGGCAGUGGGUUCCAAGCAUGGGUCAGGCUGAGAGUCUGAUUGACCUGUAUGCCCCCCACACCUGAGGGUUCCCCAGCCUGAGAGCAUCCUGCCGCAUUUGUGGACCCAUGGCCAGGGAGGUAGAAAAGGGCCUCAGUGUGCUGCCAAGCAAUGAAGGGCUGAACUCACGGAAUUGGUUUGUGUCCAGCUGAGCCAAAGAGCCUGAUGAAGAGACUGGGCUCUGUCCCUGCACCCGGCUCCCUCUCAGAUGUUGGGCUCUGUCCCUGCACCCGGCUCCCUCUCAGGUGUUGGGCUCUGUCCCUGCACCCGGCUCCCUCUCAGGUGCUGGGCUCUGUCCCUGCACCCGGCUCCCUCUCAGGUGCCCCAGUACAUCAGGGCAGCCCCGCCUUCUCCACCCACUCUGGGCAAGAGCCUUGAGCAACUGUGGCCAUCUGCAUCAGGAGACCAGGCUUUGUUCCCCUUCAAAAGCUUGUGAGCCACUGAGCCACCAUGUGGCGCUGGGACAAGGACCUUCGGCACAGCUGCCUUCCUGUGUAUUUAUUCAAGGUGACUGCUGGGCAGAGGGAGGUCUCACUGUGUGACUGUAUCUUAAUAUAAUUUGUUAAAUAAAUGUUUGUUUUAACCUCA